AUGGACUACCACCAACUACAGAAUACCGCCCACAAUCUCCAUGGACUACCACCCACUACAGAAUACUGCCCACAAUCUCCAUGGACUAUCACCAACUACAGAAUACUGCACACAAUCUCCAUGGACUACCACCAACUACAGAAUACCGCCCACAAUCUCCAUGGACUACCACCAACUAUAGAAUACUGCACACAAUCUCCAUGGACUACCACCAACUACAGAAUACUGCCCACAGUAUCUAUGGACUACCACCAACAGAAACAAAACCAAACAAACAAACCAGAAACACUACAACCAAAACUAGAAUACUGCCCACAAACAUCAGAGACUGCCACCAAAACCAGGGUACUGUACAGAAACCACAGAGACUGCCACCAAAACCAGGAUACUGUACAGAAACCACAGACACUGCCACCAAAACCAGGAUACUGUACAGAAACCACAGACACUGCCACCAAAACCAGGAUACUGUACAGAAACCACAGAGACUGCCACCAAAACCAGGAUACUGUACAGAAACCACAGAGACUGCCACCAAAACCAGGAUACUGUACAGAAACCACAGAGACUGCCACCAAAACCAGGAUACUGUACAGAAACCACAGACACUGCCACCAAAACCAGGAUACUGUACAGAAACCACAGAGACUGCCACCAAAACCAGGAUACUGUACAGAAACCACAGACACUGCCACCAAAACCAGGAUACUGUACAGAAACCACAGACACUGCCACCAAAACCAGGAUACUGUACAGAAACCACAGACACUGCCACCAAAACCAGGAUACUGUACAGAAACCACAGAGACUGCCACCAAAACCAGGAUACUGUACAGAAACCACAGAGACUGCCACCAAAACCAGGAUACUGUACAGAAACCACAGAGACUGCCACCAAAACCAGGAUACUGUACAGAAACCAAAACCAGGAGUACUGCCACCAAAACCAGGAUACUGUACAGAAACCACAGAGACUGCCACCAAAACCAGGAUACUUUACAGAAACCACAGGUACUGCCGCCAAAACCAGGAUACUGUACAGAAACCACAGACACUGCCACCAAAACCAGGAUACUGUACAGAAACCACAGACACUGCCACCAAAACCAGGAUACUGCACAGAAACCACAGAGACUGCCACCAAAACCAGGAUACUGUACAGAAACCACAGAGACUGCCACCAAAACCAGGAUACUGUACAGAAACCACAGAGACUGCCACCAAAACCAGGAUACUGUACAGAAACCACAGAGACUGCCACCAAAACCAGGAUACUGUACAGAAACCACAGAGACUGCCACCAAAACCAGGAUACUGUACAGAAACCACAGAGACUGCCACCAAAACCAGGAUACUGUACAGAAACCACAGAGACUGCCACCAAAACCAGGAUACUGCCCACAAACCACAGUGACUGCCACCAAAACCAGGAUACUGCCCACAAAGCACAAAUACUUCCACCAAAACCAGGAUCCUGCCAGCAAAAUUUGGGGUACUGCCUGCAAAUACUGGGUUACUGCCAACAACACCAGAUACAGUGACUUGUUCAUUGAUUUGUGUAGUUUUUGUGGCAUCUGUGGAGAUUCUUGA